AUGGCUACCACCUCCGCCACAGUGAAAGGGAAAGGCGUAGGCCCAGACGGGAAGGACACCAACCCCCGAGGAAUCCCCUACGCGCCCUUUGUCGACAAGGUAGAAGACUACGUCUCCUCCCGUUCAGACGUCGAGCCGACGCUUCGGUCGUUUCAGGAGAUGGUGGCAAAGUACCAGUUUAUGGAGCAGAACCUGCAGCGGAGGGUGGCGGGGUUGAGGGAUAAGAUGCCCGACAUUGAGAAGACGUUGGAGACGGUGAGGUUUUUGAAGUUGAGGAACGAGGGUGAUGACGAGGGGGAGGGGGGGGAAAUCGAGACCACGUUUGAGCUGAAUGAUACGCUUUACGCCAAGGCAAAGAUUGGGAGGACGGAGGAGGUGUAUUUGUGGUUGGGGGCGAAUGUUAUGCUGAGUUAUCCGAUUGAGGAGGCGGAGGAGUUGUUGGAUGGGAAGUUGGAGGCUGCGAGGAGGAGUUUGAGGAAUUGCGAGGAGGACUUGGAUUUCUUGAGGGAGCAGAUUACGACUAUGGAGGUUGCGGUGGCUAGGGUUUAUAACUGGGAUGUGGUGCAGAAACGGAAGGAGAAAGAGGAGGAGGAGAAGCAAGGGAAAGGGAAGGAGGAGGGGACGGCGGGGGGGUGA